GGGCGAAACUUAUAUCUGUGCAUUUCUUCGAUAAAAGACACUUGGCUAACAAUCAAGAAGGAAAUAAUUGCAAUUAACAAGAAAAGAUUUCUGCCAUCAGUUUUAUGAUGUCUCUCGACAUGAUGACGCGAGUAUUUAUUAAUCGAUUCAUCGAUCUUCUGGACGACGGUAAGACUGAAGAAGCUAUACAACUUUUGAAGAAGGAUCGCAAAGUUACUGAGGAUGGCUUACACAACAUCUUGUCUGCCGUUGUCUCAAAUCUCACCAGCUUUACUUUACAACAUAAGAAAGAGACAUUUGAUUGCUGUUCAAACGUACUGAUGUACAUAGCUGAGAAUUAUGAUUCUACGACAGUGAUAAUAGAGAUUCCAAAACACUUGAAGCAUGCGAGUGAUCAUGUGAAUUUCUGUACCAUUUUGAAUGCAAUGCUUUCUUGUAUGAUGAAGAUGCAGAAUAAACGCAGAGACAUUGUUUGGGGCUUAGAUUCGAUCUUGGCGUACAUCAAGAAUCUACCAUUGUCAGAUGAAGUUGAUGAUCUAGAAGCGGCUAGUGAGAGAAUUAUACAAACGUAUAAGGAAAUCACAGUGUUCCUACAACUGUUGAUACAAGAGGCGAUAAAUAACAAUUCUAAGCAGAAGAAAGAAACUCGAUUCAGGAAACGCCUCUUGAGCUUUCUUAUCUCAUUGUGCGAGAAACCCUUAUGUUGCUUGAAUAAAUAUGUCAUUGAGGGCAAGAUUUCUGAAACUACGUACGAAGAACUCACGGAUGAUAUAGUGACGCAAGCAUUUUGCCUCACUGGAGAUAUAUUAUAUUUUUUAAAUGUUGUUAGCAAACGUCAGAAAAAGCCUUUUUACUAUAAAAAACGGUACAAGGAAAUCUUUCAAAAGGCUUUUAUCUCAAAUUGGACUAUGCAAAUAUCGGAUAUGGCUUUCGCUAAUUUUUAUUUUUAUAUAAUUACUAAAGAAAAAUAUUGGAUAAAUGUACCCCAAGUAUAUAAUACUUAUUAUAUUCUUGAAAUGUGUGCAUAUUUUUUCAAAAUAUUGCUCAGUGAAGAUUAUUCAAUCCCUACUGGAUUAAUUUUCAUGGAAAAUGUUAUAAAACGUAUUUUACCUCGUUCCAUAAACUUUAGAGUAUUGAAACUAGAGAUAUAUACAGAAUUACUUAAACCACUUACCAAAGUGAUGAUUUACUCUAAUAGUGAUGAGCAACGGAAGAAGGCAGUACACAUUUUCCAAGAAUAUAUUGAGAUAUUUAACAUGGAAGCUAAAUAUUUUGUUAUCUUAUAUCUGUAUGAUAUUGCUGAACAUUCCGGCCUAUUAAGUUUUAUCACUGGCAUGUUUAAAUCUUCUAUCAUCGAAUGUCUCGAUUCAACUCCGCAAAAUCCACAAUUUCUUGGAGGCAAUAUGGAAUUGUUAUUGAAAAAGGCCUGUAAUCUGCCACAUGGAAGUUCGUCCGAUGUGGUAGAAAUAUCAGAUGAAAUUAUUGCUGCGCUGAACUUGCUGAGAUUCUUGUUUAUUAGAGAUAAGAAUAAUGAGACAGGUAUUUGGGACAUGACUGAUAUGCUAAAAAGUAAUUAUCUGAAUCCAUUAAAAGAGGGCAUAGACUUAUGCAGAGGACAUUGGAAAGUGAAGGCAAAAGACUUGGACCAACAGAAAAAGGAUUUAGCUAAAGAACAAGAUUACAGCAAGCUAAUGAAGGCUCAUAUGGAAGUUGCACUAACCGUCGGCGGUGAACAAUUACCACUCAUGCCAGUCCCAGAAAAAAUUUCCAUCUGCUAUCAAGUAAUAAACGGUUUAGAUGUAAUGGAAAGCAUUCUUGUGAGAGUUAAUGAAUGUAUAGAUAUGAAUGAAAAGUUUAUAAAAAAGUCUGAUGAAUUGAUAUCUAUGUAAAAAUAAUAUCAACUAUGAAAAUGUCAUGCUGUUGUAAAAUUGGCUUUGCCGGCCGCUCAGUCUGAAAAUGAUAAUAAAAAAGAGGAAUCGCAGCAAUCUAUUCAUGAGGAAAAUGAUGAGGAAUAUGA